UUUCAGGAUUCUAAUUCUUCCUUUUAGAGGUUCCAACUUCUCAACCAUGGCUGCCUCAUUAAAAACCUUAAUUAGUAAAAAACCCUAUGGGAUAAAAAUCUAACUUAAGGAAAAAAGAGUGUAGCACAGGUUUUUUCCCUUAUGCUUCCUAGUGCAGUUUCCUUUUUUAAAUAGAUCUAGCUGUAAUUAAAUGUUCAGAAGAUUUUCUCAAAUCCUUCUUGAUUCUUUCCUAUCUUAGCAAUUGCAUUUUCUAGAUUUUCUAUUUCUUGUGCAACCUUUUGUACACGAGGCCCACUUCCCUUGGUUUAGUUGGUACUACUGAUUUCAUGGGUCUUUCAAAUACCUAUUUUUACGGGAUUUUAUGCAAUUUAUCCUUUGAUUAUUCUUUAUUUUUCAAAUGGGGCUUUCUUGGGGUUUCUUGAAUCUUCUUUCUCAUCUUCAUUUAACUUCUUUUGUUCUUUUGGUUUCCUCUUUCUUUUUUCUUUCUUCCCCUCCUUUAGUGUUUCUUUCUCUUGCCUUUUCAAUUUCCUCUUUUGAAGAGAGACUUCUCCAAUUCUAUGACCUGAUCGCAUCAGUUGUGUUUGUGAUGGAUGUUGAUCCUUCUGCUUUCGGCUUUCUCCUAAUUCUUGCUUCUAUUGGUUCUUCUACCAAUGGUGCAAGUACUCCUCCUUCUCCUUCUGAUUUGGAGUUCUUUGAUAUUUUCUGCUUUCCUUGCAGUCAAGAUGGAAGGUUUGUUGUGAAAGGCGCUUUACACCAUGUGGAGAGGGAUCCUAUGAUUCCUCUUGUCUCUACUAAGGUUCCUUUGAUUUCUUCUUCAAAGGAUGGAAAGGUUGUCUUCCCUUUAGGCCUAGCAAAGGUUUUCUAUGACCUUAACAAGCUGGUCCCUUGGACCACUAUUGUUGAGGUGUUGCUUUCGGUAGAUGAUUAUAAGGCUGUUCAUACAUUUGUUAUCAAACCUUCUGUGAGCAUUGCAGAGUUAAUUGUUUGGGAGAAUUUAACUAAAAUCGAGAAACUUGAGAAGGUUGAUAAGACCAUGAAGAUCGAGAAAACUGUUGUAAUUGAGAAGGUUGAAAAGGCUAUAGGUAAGUUUAAAGGGUCUGCUCCUCAAGGGACACCUCUCACUAUAAGGAGACUGAUAGGGAGGCUCCUCCUUCUUUUGUUUUUCCUGAUGAUGAGUUGCAACAGGUUUUCUUUUGAGGGGGGACUCUUAAUUUCUUCUGUUAUGGAUUUUAUUACUGGGAAGAGCUUUUCUAAACCUUCGACGAGGUCACCUUUGAAAGAUGCUGUCCAUCUUGGUUAUGACAUUGGUAUUGACGAUCCUUCCAUCAUUGGGCAUAGUUCUGUUGCUCAUGAGUCUUCUAAAUAUAUGCUGUUUACUAGUGACAAGAAACUGCAUUCAAAUUUUCCUUUGGAAACUCUUCAAGAUAUGGUCGUUCAUAAUUUUUCUAGUUCUUUUAAGGAGUCUUCUAAGGGUAGAGCAUUCGUUCUUUAUGGUAGUUUGGGUUACUUCAAUCUUGCUAUUAAGUUCAUCAAGAUGUUGCUCCCUCAUCUCGAGCUGAUUGUGUCCAACCGUCUUUUUGAGUUUGAGGAUAUGGAUGCUGUUGUGCUGAUUCAUGCUGAUUUGGAAUUGAGGAAAGCAUAUGAUCAAGGUUCUGGUGAUGUUUCUCUAAAUGAUUCUCCUGGGGAGGCAUCUAAAAGGACUAGUAGCUCUUGGGACGUGAGGGAUUCUACCAUAGUUGUCUAUACUAAGGGUAGCUUUGUUGAUGCAGAGGUUUCACAAGGUGCCUCCCCUUCUUCACCAACUUAGCGAGCCUAUUUUUAUCCCUGGGAAUCACAAAAAAAAAAUGUUAUUUUUCUUCUAUUUAUUAUGGAUUUAUUUUGCUCUCUUUAGCUUUAUAUUCUAAGGCCACACUUUGUUAGAGUAAUUGUUUUGUUUAACUCCAGUUUUGGCCAUGCCUGGCAUUGUGAUCUUUCAUUGAAACUAUAUUAGAAUUUAUGUUUUCUAGGAAGUUGUGUGCCGCUUCUUUAUCCAUAUUAUGAUCUUUUUAUAGUUUCUUAUGGUGAAGGUAUCCUCAUUCGUUAAUGAGGAUCCGUGUGUUAACAACUGCUUAGCAUUUUACAUGUCUCUUUUUUGUAUAAAGGGGGUUCGGGGCGUAACUUUGCACUCCAGUCAGUUGCUACUAGUUUAUGUUGCCAAAAAUCUCUUAUAUUUUAAGAUUUGCAUUAACCUUCAUAGCCUCACUUGCGUAGCUCUUUCCCGCGUAUUUAUGCAUACUUGAACUUACCCACAACUUUUAGUUUGCUUAAGCAUGUUUUGGUCUUAUUUGGAUAUUAUUUGGUUUUGUAUGUUUGCUAAAUUUGGCAUUUUAUUAAGAUAAAAGCCAUAAUGUUCAUGGAGAACAUUUUAAAGGACUGUUUUCCUUUGUUUAUUGGUAGUAUUUCUUAAGGUUCAUAGCAUUCUAGGUCCACAAGAUUAUAGCUCCAUUGGGAUGCAUCAGCUUGAAGGCUCCAUUCCCCAAAUCUUCCUUGAUGAGAUAUGGCCCUUCCUAGUUCGAGCACAGCUUUCCUUCCUGGGAGUUUCUUUCUAAAACCUCUAUUUUCCUCAGUACGCAAUCACCUUUACACAGGUUUUUAGGUUUUACAUUGCGAUUGUAAUAUUUCUUUGCUUUUCUAUGAUAGCUUGCCAUCUGUACUUGUGAUAAGUCCCUAACCUCUUCUAAUAAAUCCAAGUUGGCUCU